CAGAUUUCUACAAGAGCCGUAGGCUCGUAAUGAUCUCAGCCCUAGAGAGGUUGGCAGAAGCCAGGGUCAGGACAUUUAUUUUUGGCUAUCCAGGGGCUAUAAAUUCUCUUCGGGAGUGACUUGACUUCUUCCCCAGAAAGGAAGUGCGUGUCCUGGGCAGCGGAGAGAGCAGCACAUGUUAUGUGUGAGUGGGUGAGAGGGUGAGCCUGAGGGAGCUUGUGGGAGCAGGGGUGUGAAAGCAUGAGCAGAAGCUGGGGGCUCAGAAGAGCCCCGGCCAAUCGUCUCUAGCCACCGAUCGCUCAGGAAAUCCUGGCCUGGUUGAUACGGAUCCCAGAGGAGAGGGGCCGUCCCCGGCAGUCCGGGGCUGAGUCUGGCUGGAUAACUUCCUGGAAGCCGGAGGGGGCCAGCGGAUACCACUGUGUGGAUAGGCUUCGAGGACAGGUCCGUUGGCCUCACCAUGGAGGAGAAGCAUCGAAUCCCGAGUAGUCAGAAACAAAGGAGCCGGGGACACCAGAUGCAAAGCAAGUUGCGGAAGGAAAGCGGAAUGGCCGCCCAGAAGUUCUUGCUGUCGGUCCUGACAGAGAACAAGCUGACCAGAGAGUUCCUGGCAGAGCUGCUGAGCACAUUUGUCCUCAUGAUGUUUGGACUCGGUUCUGUGGCCCAGGUGGUGCUGGGAAAGCAGGACUUUGGGGAUUUUCUGAGCAUUAACUUGGGCUUCGGCUUCGGCGUCACCAUGGGCAUUCAUGUGGCUGGAGGCAUCUCGGGUGCUCAUAUGAAUGCCGCCAUCACCUUCACCUCCUGUGUCCUGGGCCAGCUACCAUGGAAGAAGUUACCCGUCUAUGUGCUGGGCCAGUUUCUGGGUUCUUUCCUGGCCUCUGGCACCGUCUUCUUGCUCUACAAAGAUGCUCUCUAUUCCUUCUCGGGAGGAAACCUGACCGUGACGGGGCCUACUUCAACAGCUGGGAUCUUCUCAACCUACCCUGCUCCUUACAUGGACCUGCUUGGGGGAUUUGUGAAUGAGCUCAUCGCCACGGGAAUGCUCCAGCUCUGCAUUCUCGCCAUUACGGACAAGAAGAACAGUGCCGCGCUGGAUGGCACGCAGGCCCUUGUCAUCGGCCUCCUGGUAGCCAUCAUUGGCAUGUCCAUGGGCAUGAACACAGGCUAUGCCAUCAAUCCUUCCCGGGACUUGCCACCCCGCAUCUUCACGGCCAUCGCGGGCUGGGGCAUGGAUGUCUUCCGGGCUAGCAAUAGCUGGUGGUGGGUGCCUUUGAUCGCCCCGACAAUUGGCAGCGUCAUUGGCGCUCUGAUUUACAAGAUCCUCAUCGACCACCACAACCGCUCGGCCCCGCAGCCGGAGUCCCAUCUGACCUUGCCGUCAGAGCCAGAGCCCGAGGCCACCUGCAUAGGCUUGGAGAUGAAGGCAUAGUAGGCCCGGCGGGACGGCGACUCUCUGACUCUGACAAGAAUAAAGGCCCAGAAAGGCGGCGUAGGCCCCGUGUGAACUUAUUGCCCUGCCUCGUCCGCGUGGGCGGAGGGGAUGGGAGGAAGCGUUUUUCCAGCUUCCGGGAACGAGACCGAAGAAUGAAAUCGAGCUGCGGACAGAAGCAACACAGGUAAUCGAGAGAACAACAGGGGAACGUGUGAAGUGGAAGCCAGAAUUCUUGUGCGGAUCUUUUUCUGGUGGUGACCUUCGCCGCUUCGAGGGAGCGGGCGCGGGGUACCGCUUGUCCGGUUUGGGUGGACCAAGGAGAACCAGGAAACAUGGGAGGUGGACGCAGCCGUUCAGGGGGCUGGGCCGGGUGUGGGGUCCACGCACCACCCUGCCUCUGCGCUCUGGCUUCGGGAAGCAAGUCUAGAAGAGGGAAUGAUCCCAGAUCCUUAGGCUGACGAGAUCUCCUUGAGACCUCCUCCCUCGAGCCCAACCAUCCGCCCUCUGAAAAACCACCCCGACGGUAUCGGCAGAAUACGCCCCAUGUUCCCGAUAGGCUGGGGGACCUUGGCUCCAGCUUAGGGUUCCUUGGGCUGGGGGAAUCGGCAGCGUCUGUCCCAGUGCCUCCGGUCCUAUUGUGACUACAAGCUUCCACAGGUCAAAUUUGAGCCGUUGUACAUCCAUGGCUCUCGGA